AUGAAACUUUCCACUACCUCUCUUCUUAGUUUCGCGCUUCUCGUUGGAACCAAUGAAGCCUUUGCUCCGUCUUGUUCUGCCUUUGCCGGCGGUCCUUUCGCAACGACAGCCCAAAGCAAGACAUCAAUAUUCGAAUCUGACUCGGAAGGCGAUGCUCUUCUACCUACCAAAGAGGAAGCUCCACCAUUUUAUGAAAAGUACGUAGAAGCCGCCAAAUUUCGAUACGGUCUCUUCCAAAAGGCUCAAGGAGAAGGCUAUGAUUUCAAACAGGCGACCGCUUGUGCCUUGGCCGGAGACUACGACCAAGCUGCGGUCAAAGCCAAAGUCGAGGAGCUGAUUCAGUCAGCACCCUGUGUCAUGUUCACUUGGGAAUCCUCUCCAUCCUGCAAAAAAGCCAUCGAGGCAUUUGACAAGGUCGGAGGUGUCAAUGUCAAGAUUGUGCGCAUGGACGACCCAUGGGAUGAAGGCAACCCCAUGCGUGCUGAGAUUGGAAAAAUGGUCGGUAAGAGCAGUGUUCCAAUGAUCUUUGUUGGAGGUGAGUAUGUUGGUGGAUAUGACGCUGGAGUCUCAGAUGAUGCACCUGGAAUUCUUGACAUGGCGUUCAAGGGAACCUUGCGACCGAAGCUCGAGGCAGCUGGUGCCAUGGAAGCUGUCAAGGAACCUGUGGCAGUAGAAGCAUAA